AUGUCAUGCCCGGUAUACAAAGGGGGCUGGCUCGAGAGGAGGGGCCAUUGCUUUGGGAUGGAAUGGGCGUCGGGCUCUGGCGGGGAAGCCCAGCUUUUUGUGGAAAAGUUUGAAGGUGCUCUUGGAAAAGGAAAAGGAAAAAAAUUCUAUGCAUACAAAGUGAUGAUGACCAAGAAAUGGAUGAAAUUUCAGAGAGAUUUUGAGAAUUUUAAGACAGCCUGCAUACCAUGGGAAAUGAAAAUUAAAGAGAUUGAAAGUCAUUUUGGCUCAUCAGUGGCAUCUUAUUUCAUAUUCUUGCGCUGGAUGUAUGGAAUAAACAUGAUUCUCUUUGGACUGACCUUUGGACUUGUAAUGGUACCUGAGGCUUUGAUGGGGAAGCCCUAUGGCUCUUUACCUAGAAAAACGGUCCCAAGAGCUGAAGAAGCAAGUGCUAUGAACUUUGCUACUCUCUGGGAUUUUAGUGGCUUUGCACAGUAUUCUGUACUCUUUUAUGGUUAUUACAAUAACCAGAGGACAAUUGGAUGGCUCAAGUUCAGGAUGCCUCUUUCAUAUUUCCUUGUUGGAGUUGGGACUAUUGGCUACAGUUUUAUGAUUGUCAUUCGAACAAUGGCAAGGAAUGCAAAUGAAGAAGGUGGUGGGGAUGAUACUAGCUUUAAUUUCAGCUGGAAAAUGUUCACAAGCUGGGACUACCUUAUUGGCAAUCCUGAAACAGCAGAUAAUAAGUUUGCUUCCAUCACAACAAGCUUUAAGGAAGCUAUUGUGGAGGAGCAGGAGAGCCGAAAAGAGGAAAAUAUUCACUUGACUCGAUUCCUGAGGGUUCUUGCUAACUUCUUAGCCCUAUGUACCCUUGCUGGGAGUGGCUACCUCAUCUUUUUUGUUGUCAGAAGAUCCCAGAAAUUUGCCCUGGAAGGUUUGGAGAACUACGGGUGGUGGGAAAGAAAUGAAGUAAACAUGGUUAUGUCACUUUUAGGAAUGUUCUGUCCAACUUUAUUUGAUGUAAUUAGUUCUCUGGAAAACUACCACCCUCGAAUAGCUCUAAGAUGGCAGCUGGGACGAAUCUUUGCUCUUUUUCUGGGCAAUCUAUACACUUUCAUUAUUGCCCUAAUGGAUGAAAUCAAUCUCAAGUUGGAAGAAGAAAAGAUAGUCAAGUAUAACAUGACAAUAUGGGAAGCCAGUCUGUACAAUGGUACUAUUCCGGAAAAUUCAACUGCUCCUCCAAUACAGGUGGACCCUGCAGAUGUUCCCAGAGGACCAUGCUGGGAAACAAUGGUAGGACAGGAAUUUGUGCGGCUGACAGUCUCUGACACGAUGACAACAUACAUCACAAUUUUAAUUGGCGAUUUCUUGAGAGCUGUCUUUGUUAGGUUUUUCAAUUACUGCUGGUGCUGGGACUUGGAAUAUGGAUUUCCAUCAUAUUCUGAGUUCGAUAUAAGUGGAAAUGUGCUGGGACUGAUAUUUAACCAAGGCAUGAUCUGGAUGGGAUCUUUUUAUGCUCCAUGUCUCCCAGCGAUCAACGUGUUCCGCCUCCACACUUCCAUGUACCUGCAGUGCUGGGCAGUGAUGUGCUGCAACGUCCCCCAAGAGAGGGUCUUCAAGGCUUCCAGAUCCAAUAACUUCUACAUGGCCAUGCUGCUCUUCAUCCUCUUUCUCUCCACGCUGCCUGCUGUGUACACCAUUGUCUCCAUCCCACCAUCUUUUGACUGUGGUCCUUUCAGUGGGAAGACUAGAAUGUUUGAAGUCAUAUCAGAAACUCUGGAGCAUGACUUCCCUUCCUGGUUUGGGAAGGUAUUUGGUUAUGCCUCUAAUCCUGGACUCAUCCUACCUUUUAUAUUGCUGAUGGUCCUGAGUAUUUAUUAUCUCAACGCAACAUCCAAAUCCUACAAGGAAGCUAACUUGGAACUUAAAAAGAAGCUACAAACAAGCAGAAGAAAACAAAAGAAGAAAUAAACAAAAGGCACAAAAAUCAAAU